AUGAAGACCACUCGCAAGUGCAGGGCACUGCUGUCCGUUAGUAUGAAUCUUUUAGCACUAUUUUUCUCAAUAACUGCUUUCAUCACAACAUACUGGUGCGUCGGCACGCAGCGCGUCCCCAAGCCGAAGUGCACUAAACUUCGUACGCACAACUGCAUCGAUUAUGGAGUGAACGAGACGGACCCCAAAGUAGUGGUGUACAGUUGGGAAACGGGGGACGACCGGUUCCUAUUCAGACAGUUCCACACCGGGAUCUGGUUCUCCUGUGCGGAGAAUAUCCAUGAUGAAGGUGAGAAAUGCAGGAGCUUUAUCGAUCUGGCUCCGGCUUCGGAGAGAGGUGUCCUAUGGCUGUCGGUGGUCUCUGAGAUGCUCUACAUAGUCCUGUUGAUAGUGGGUUUCAGCCUGAUGUGUCUAGAACUGGUUCACUCCAGCACCAGCAACAUGAUAGAUGGACUGAAACUGAACGCCUUCGCUGCAAUCUUCACCGUCCUCUCAGGGCUCCUGGGUAUGGUGGCCCACAUGAUGUACACACAGGUGUUCCAGGUGACAGUCACCCUGGGCCCUGCAGACUGGAGGCCCUAUAACUGGGACUACGGAUGGUCCUUCUGCAUGGCCUGGGCAUCCUUCACUUGCUGCAUGGGUGCAUCAGUCACCACCCUCAACUCCUACACCAAGACUGUCAUCGAGUUCCGACACAAACGCAAGACCUUCGUGCAGAGCAUCCGAAAGGAGCAGGCGCGUCAGGCGUUGGGAUACUACCGCGAUCACUCCCUGCGCUCCAUAUCCCAAACCGUGGAGGUGUACACACAGACGCCGUAUAGCAGUGGUAUUAGGACGCACGUACCGGCCGCGUCGUUAGACCCGAGUGACGUAUCAGAGACUCUGGGGGAAGACCAGUGCUGA